AGCGUAGCGAGAGCGAGAGGCGGCUCCCGCGCGGGCGCGCGCAGCGACUGCGGCCGAUGGCGAUCGCCACGGCAGCAACACCGCUGGGCGCGCGCCCGUGCUCCGCCCCCGCGCCGGGCGGCGGGCGGCCGACGCUGGCGCCGGGAACGCUUCCCCGUCGGGCGGUGGGCCUGCCGCUACGCGAGUCGGAGGCGGGCACGACCGUGGUGCUGCCAGGGGCCGAGGUGGAGGAGAACCCGGCCCACAAGCGGGCCAAGGACUACAGCGUGCUCCUCUUCAACGACCCCCUGAACAAGCGCGAGUACGUGUGCAGGUGCCUCAUGCUCAUCUGCCUCCUCGAGGAACGCCCCGCCUACGAGACCAUGAUGAAGGCCCACCAGGAGGGCGUCGCUGUCGUGGGCACCUACAAGUUCGACACCGCGGAGGACUUCUGCGCCAGACUGAAGGCGAAGGGGAUCAUCAGCGACAUCAUCUCGAAGGACAGCGAGUAGGGGCGCCCGCCAGCUGGGGCGGGCGUGGCCCUGGGAGGGGCCCCUGGGGUGCACACCCGGCCGCCCGGUCGGCCACAGGAGGGCUCGGCGCGUGCAGGCCUCCCCUUCAGCGGGAGGGGAGCGAAGAGCAUGCACGCAGACACAGCUGCUCGUCAAAUCAAUGUCCGCCGGGCGGCGAGCUCCUGCCGCGGGCUCCUCGGCUCCCUGGCCGCCCCGGCGGCGCGGCGUGCACCGACAGCGGGCCCCUCCGCGGCGCGGGCGGCGGCCCGUCCCCGCGCGUGGCGCUCCGCUGGAGCAGCGGCGGGCUUCCCCGCCCGCCCCCGUGUUUUUUGCUUGCCGCAGGGCGCUGAGGCGCCUCUCGCGCGCCCGGCCGGGCCCAGACCUCCGACGUCGAGGGGCGUGCGGGCGGGCAGGGUGCGCGCCGUUCCAGACAGGGCGCCGCCUCCGGGGGAGCGAAGGCGUCCGAAGAGGAGGCGGCGGGCGGCGGGUGCCGUGCAGGAGCCCUCUGCGUGCAGGGCGCUCGCAGAAUUCAGAGUAGCUGGUACAUAGGGGGGGUGCGCGCACGCGCCCUCGUGCAGCAUGCGCCGGGGGCUCCCGCGGCGGCGCCACGCCGGGUGCCACCGCGGUCGAGGUCCCCGCACUCCGGGGGGGGGGCGCAAGCGCAGUGCACACCGG